UGUCGUAACAUCUGGCAGCAAACAAAAAAAAAAAAAACGAAAAAAUUAAUAACAAAUUAUCUAUUAGCAGCUGGCACUGGAGAUUACUAAAUAUGUCGACUACUCCAGAGGAUCGGCUGCGUGAGAACAUCAAUCGAUGCCUCUCGGAUUCCCUGGUGAAGGGAGUUGGUGGUCUGGUGAUCGGAUCCGUGGUCACCCUGCUCUUCUUCCGUAGGCGCAUAUGGCCCGUCUGGCUGGGCACUGGAUUCGGCGUGGGCGUGGCAUAUCGUGGCUGUGAAAAGGAGCUCAACGAUGUAAAGUUUGGCCAACGAAAGUGAUCUUAAGCAUUCGGACUUUGGAUUUUACUGAUGCUUACACGUCUUUGAUUACAUGGCUUGCGUUUAUUUGGAUUGUGCAACGAAUUGAGUAAAUAAACUCGAAGAAACAAU